AUGGCUGAGAACAAUCCCGAUGGGGGACAGAGUGAAGACGUUUUCUUGUUAGAAGAUAAGCUAUCCAAAAUUAGGAGCCAAAUCAACUCCAAACUAGACAACCAAAAACAUUUAGCGAUUAUUUUAUCAGCAGUUGAGGAGAAUAUUGACGAACAAAAGAAUGAAAAGACACCAGUGGCAUACUUUGUCUCCUUUUUAUCGUUACUCGAUCAAUGUAUCCAAAAUGAACAAAUAGUUGAUAAGAACUUGGCUGCCACUACUGCCUAUUUUCUCGAUAUUAUAUUCCCGUUCACCCCUAAACCAUUAUUGAAACAAAAGUUUAAUCAGGUGUUAUUAAAGUUGUCACAACCAUUGAAUGUUGAAGCCGAGGCUCCGCUUGUGAGGUCGACUAUUGGGGCUAUGGAAAGCUUGCUUUUAGCUCAAGAUAGUGCUCGUUGGUUAACGAAAGGCGCUAUUUCUCCAAAUAGAGCAUUUAUGGCGUUGAUUGAAUUGUCAUUUGAUCCUAGGCCCAAGGUAAGAAGAAGAGCACAGGAGGCAGUGAAGAAUAUUUUAACAAACCCACCACCAAGUCCAAGUUCUAUCCAUGUGGCUGCUGUGGGAGCCUCCGAUGCAUCAUUGAGGCAACUUAUCACACUUUUGUCAGAAUACAGAAAACAGAGAAAGAGUAAUGCCAACAAAGAGCUCAAUUCACAAAUCAUUCAUUGCUUGCAACUUAUAACGAUAAUAACUUCAGCUAACUCCUGGCCAGUAAAGAAUAUUGAAAGUUUAUGUGAUUCGCUUUUGGAAAUCUCGAAAACUUCAGAUCAAUUCUUGGUUGCAGCAGCAUUCGAAGCAUUUGAAGGACUUUUCAAGUCCAUGACUGAUGUGAUUGACGUUGAAAAAUUCACCAAGGUAUUAAAUAUUAUAUUAGAUCUCAAACCAAGUGUCAAUGAUGCGCAUUUGAGUACUUCGUGGUUGACUGUGGUAGCAAAGGCUUUAGAGAGCUUCAGCAUUUUAUCACCAUUUGAUUGUAUAAAGAAGUUACCUCAAGUUUUUUCUGCAGUUAGUGAAUUUUUGGGUUCUGACUCCCAAAAUAUUUACUCUAGCGCAGCACAUUGUUUGACAGCAAUCAUAUCACAAACUAUACCAGAAAAGUUUCUUUUGCGACCAAAUAAAGAAUACGAAAUUACUCUGGAAGUUUAUGAAACUGUUGACGAAACCAUCACUUUCAUUUCCGAGUUUAUUGAAAAUGAGUUGUUGACGAUAAAGUAUCAACAUGCCACUGGUGAAAUAUUGAAAUUUGUUUCCGUCGCUAUUGAGAAACUCCGCUCAAGAGCAAACCCAGACUUUUUAAACAUUUUGAAAGUUGUUGGUAAUUGGAGAACAAAUGAGACUGAUAAUUUCCCUCAUAAUAAGGAAGCCGAGGAUUGCAUUGCUGCGUGUGUAUCAUCCAUGGGACCAGAAGCUGUUUUAGGUGUUUUGCCAAUGAAUUUGACCAAUGAUGGAAAUGGACCUGGUAGAGCUUGGUUGUUGCCUAUUCUUAGAGAAAAUGUCCGUUGUGCAGAGUUGGAGUUUUUCAAGAGUCAAAUUUUACCAACUGUCGAUUUCUUCGAAGCCAAGAUUGGAGCUUCUGGUAACAAAGAGUCAAUGAAUGCUAAAAUUUUUCAAACAAUUAUUGAUCAAGUUUGGUCUUUGUUACCCCGUUUCUGUGACUUACCAAAAGAUCUUAGGUCAGCGUUUGAUGAGAGUUUUGCUACAAAGUUGUCCGAUUUGAUGUUUGCCAAUGUUGAAUUGAGAACUCCGGUUUGCCAUGCUUGGAGAGUGCUUGUGCAAUCUAACGUAGCUUACCGCAAUGGGGAAUCAAGCGAAGAUUUGUUAUUGCAACAAGAAAUUCCUAGAGAAGAGGCAGCCAAGAAUAUUGAAUAUUUGAGCUCAAUUGCAUCAAACAUAUUGACUGUUUUGUUUAAUGUAUUUACCUAUACCAUGCCGGAAUCAAGAGGUUUUGUUUUGGAAACUAUUGAAGCCUAUUUGCAAAUCGUACCAUCUCAAGAACUCGCGGCAACUUUUGAUAAAGUGUGUGCUAUGUUAAAGAGCGCAUUGGAUGAAGAGGCUCAAAAUGCAAAAAACAACGACUCCAGGCCGGAUACUAGUGUAACCAUGAUGGAUUUGAUUGUUGCCAUGGCCAAGUAUGUGCCAGAAGCAUCACAUAAUGCCCUUUUCUCCGUAUUCGUCACUACAGUAUCCUUAGAAUCAAAGCCCUUGCUACAGAAAAGAUCUUAUAGGAUAAUUUCAAAAUUGUGCGAGUCUGAAGAAGGUAAGAUGUCAAUCGCAAAAUACAUUGGGGAAGUUGAAAACAAGAUAAUCGAAGCAACGGAAAUCACUAAUCAAGCGGCAAGACCAGCAAGAUUGACUGCAAUUUUAUUAAUAUUGGAGAUACUUCCAUCUACAGAUUUAUACUUUAUUCCAUCAAUUUUGCAGGAAAUCAUCAUUGCUACGAAGGACAUCAAUGAAAGAUCAAGAGGUUUGUCUUACCAAAUAUUGAUCAAGAUGGGACAGAAAAUGAACCAAGGUGGAUCGAUUGAAAAUGCAAAAGUACCUGGUUUUGAUCCAAAUGCAGCACCUAGUGAGGCUUCUUUGACUGAAUUUUUCACCAUGGUAAGUGCUGGUUUGGCAGCACAAAGUGCCCACAUGAUUUCUGCGACAAUUACUGCCAUCGCAUGUUUAGUAUUUGAGUUUAAAAAUCAAUUGCCGACAGAGACCCUUUUCGAGAUUUCUUCGACUGUUGAAUUGUUUUUGACACAUAAUUCAAGGGAAAUAGCUAAAUCUGCUAUUGGGUUCGUCAAAGUGGAAAUUUUGUCAUUGCCUGAGGAGAUGGUGAGAAACAAUUUGAGUGAACUUUUGAGUAAGUUGAUGAAAUGGUCACAUGAGCAUAAAGGACAUUUCAAAAGUAAAGUCAAGCACAUUAUAGAAAGACUUAUUAGAAAAUUUGGGGUAGAAGAAGUUGAAAAUGCAAUACCUGAGGAAGACAAGAAGUUGGUUGCCAAUAUCAAAAAGACUAGAAACAGAGCCAAGAGAAAGCAAGAGAUUAGUCCUGGAUUGCAAGCUGCCGCCAACCCAUCUUCUAGUACCAAGAAAUUUGUUUCGGCCUACGAGGAGGCACUCUAUGAUUCUGAUGUGUCAGACGAAGAAGAAGUUGACAUAUACGAUGAGGACGCCAAUAGGGCCAAAAAGAAUAAGAAAUCUAACCAGUUCAUCUUGGAAACAGGCGAUGAACCACUUAACUUGUUGGACCGUCAAUCUUUGGCACAUAUCUCCUCAUCCAAGCCAAAGAAACUCACUAGAUCAGAGCUCAAAUCAAAGACUGAUGAAUUCAAGACAAAGAAUGGUAAAUUAGUGUUUAGUGAAAGUGGUGAAAAUGACGAUCCAUUUGCCAACAAAAGCUCCGGUAUCGACGCAUAUUUGGAUGCUGUCAAGCAAGCUCCAGUACGGGGUCAAAAGAACAAAUUGAAAUUCAAAAAGUCCAAGGGUGAUGAUGACGAGACUUGGUCAGAUGAUGAAGAAGAAACUAAGAAGUCAGUGAAAAAAUCAAAGGUUCUUGGAAAGUCAAAGAUUUCAAAACCUACUAAGCAGAGAUUUAAAGCUCACAAGAAGCUUUGA